AUGGAUAAAUGGGAGCUGCUUCGGAAUUCCAUGGAAGAACACAAGAUUUUCAUUGGUCAGGAGUUUCCUGAUGUCAAGGCUUUCCGAAAUGCAAUUAAAGAGGCUGCUAUUGCACAGCACUUUGAGCUACGUGUAAUCAAAAGUGAUUUAAUUCGUUAUAUUGCAAAAUGUUCUAUUGGAGAUUGUCCAUGGCGUAUCCGUGCUGUAAAGAUUUCGAAUUCCUCCAAGUUCACUAUACGAAGUUUGGAACCUACACAUACGUGUGGCUGCAAUGCUCAGAACGGGCAUCAUCAGGCUUCUAUUGAUUGGAUUGAACGGGGACUUGAAGCAAUUUAUGGCUCUUCUGAGGAGGGAUAUUGCCUUCUUCCUUCCUUCUGCGAUCAGAUAAAAAAAUCAAAUCCUGGAACUGUUGCUGAGGUUUAUACUGCUUGUGCAGAUAAUCAGUUUCAACGUCUCUUUGUUUCUUAUUAUGCAUCCAUUUAUGGGUUCCUGAAUGGUUGCUUACCCAUAGUAGGGCUUGGUGGGUUACAACUUAAGAGCAAAUAUCUUGGGACCCUAUUGGCAGCCACUUCUUUUGACGCUGAUGGCGGGCUGUUCCCCCUUGCUUUUGCUGUUGUUGAUAUGGAUAAUGAUGAGAGCUGGAUGUGGUUCUUGUCAGAGUUACAUAAAGCGCUAGAGAUGAUUACUCAGAGUAUGCCACAAUUUACGUUUUUGUCAGAUGGAUCAAAGGGUAUAGUAGAUGCUUUAAAUCGAAAGUUCCCUAGCUCAUCUCAUGCUGUUUGCAUGCGUCACUUGACUGAAAGUAUUGGCAAGGAGUUCAAAAAUUCCAGACUUGUCCAUCUUCUCUGGCAAGCUGCUUAUGCAACCAGUAUACUUACUUUUAAAGAAAAGUUGGCAGAAAUUGAGGACAUGUCUACUGAAGCAACCAAAUAG